AUGACAACGGUUCUUAAAUUCGCGGCGAUUUUCGUCACAAUCAACGUUCUGUUCGCCAAUGCCUACAACUUGCAACAGGUGCUUGAAAAUCGGUGAAAAUGAUCUGAAAAGGAUUUUCUGCAGCUGCGCUUCGAGAGGAACCUCAACGACAUGGAAUCGCUCCCGAUGCGUUUCGUCAGUCUCGAAGGUGGUCAUCCUUAUGACAGGUGAAGAUCAACUCAUGAACUUCUUCUGAUGAAGAGCUUCAGGUCCCCGCUGUACGAGAAAAGACAAGCGACCUACCAUCGCAACUGCUACCUGUCGCCGGUGCAGUGCAUGCUCCCGAUGGCUUCGAAAUUCCAGUAA